GGGGAAGGAUGGGGAGAGAGGGAUGCAAGGGUUACUUGAAAUUAGAGAAAUCAAUAUUCGCACUGCUGGGUUGUAAGCUGCCCAAGCGAAAUAUCAAUUGUUGCUUUUGUCAAAUGAGUCGGGUGUUGGGAGUGAGUGCUUGGCUGCGUUAAACACUGUCCCACAGCUGUGCUGUGCCCACGGACUUCCUUCCUCAUGUCAUCCUCAGGACCGCUCGUCAAUUCCCCUCCCCUCUCUAACAUCUGCGGAGAUUCCCCGCACUGAUUGCACCUCUAUUAUUCAUCGCGGAAUCACAAGCUCAUGAAUCAAAGGAUGAUUCUUAUGAAAUACUCCGGGCUCCGACCUUGCUGCGAGCAGCUUCCUGGUUUCGUCAUGGUUAUAAUGAGAGGAUGUGGCGAGCAGCGAUUUCAUUUAGCACAGGCUGACUCUACAACAGUCUGACCCAUACCCUCAGCAGCAUGGCAUGGAGAGGAGUCCUACUGGGUCUCUAUAUCUAUUUCACUUGGGAUCAACAUGUCACUUGUUUAACAUGUGAUGACGGAUACAUACCACGUGACGACAACAACACGUGUGUCGAUAAAGAUGAAUGCCACGAAGGUCUGUGUGGCCCUAAUGCAGCCUGCAGAAACACAAUGGGAGGUUUCCACUGCAGUUGUAUCAGGGGAUUUGUCCCGACAUUCAACCAGCCACUGAAUAAUAGGACAACAUCCUUCUGUGUUGAUAAAGAUGAAUGCCGUGACGGUCCUUGUGGCCCCCAUGAAGCUUGCAUUAACACAUUCGGAGGUUUCCACUGCAGUUGUUUGAAGGGAUUUCACCGGAUAUCAAACCAGCUGGAAAAUAGGACGGUGUCCUUCUGCAUAGAUAUAAACGAGUGUGAGUCUAGCCCAUGUGGGCCCAUGGCUGCCUGUCACAACACUGAGGGCAGUUUCUACUGCUCCUGCAAUAAAGGAUUUGACGGUGAUUGUAAAUUAGCCAACUCCUCUAUGUUGUGCUGCAGAGAUAAGGAUGAGUGUCAGUCUGAACCGUGUGGAGAUAACGCAGUCUGUUACAACACUAUUGGGAGCUUCUACUGCGAGUGCGGUAAAGGGUUUUACACUGCAGAACACAGGUUCACCGACCCCAAGGAGUCUCAAUGUAAAGACUAUGAUGAGUGCUACACCAGCCCAAACAUCUGCGGCAGCAAUGCCUCCUGCUACAACACAGAGGGGAGCUUCCACUGCCUCUGUGACAAGGGGUUCGCCCAACUGUCCGGCAAGAGGAACUUCACUGGCUACGGGGGCCGGUGCAAGGAUAUCAACGAGUGUCGAUUGAGCCCAUGUGGCCCCAAUGCCAGCUGCAAUAACACGGUGGGCAGUUAUACCUGUGUCUGCAAUCUCGGAUACAUUUCAUCAUCAGGGGGGAGCAGACUGAAUCCUGUUGAUGUCUGUGCCAAAUUUGACUGUCCAAGCCCUGUUUCUGCCAAGUGUCCAGCAGUGCCCAAGGAGGUGGGACCAAUACAGACGGGUGGGUCUGGCGUGGAGUCGGCGGGGGCAACAGACGACCCGUUUUGCUCCAUCAUGGGCUCUUUGCAGCAACACAGUGUGUGUGAAAGGUUACAGAGUGAAGAGGACUUCGACCCCGAGCAGCAUUUCCAGAGUAUCUCAUCGUUCACCGCUCGGCUGAUGGGGAACGGUUCCCUGCUGGGCAACAUGGACCGGGGGAAGCAGCAGGAGGCCUUGGCGUUGUCUCUACAGACGGUGGAGAGCUCGGUGAUGGCCAUGGUCUUCACGCUGGCCAGCGAGGAGAAGAAGAACAUGUCCUUCGGCAACAUCGAGGUCGACAUGGAGGUUCUCCGGGAUGGCAACGUUUCGGCUGCGGAAACAGCCAUGCUGUCGGCCAAUGGCAACCGGAUGGAGGUUCCCUGGCGGGCGGUCAGCCAGGGGGCAGAUCCCGGACGUGUUGGCGUUGCACUCAUCGCCAUGUCGCACGUGGCCUCAGUGAUGAACGACUCGCUAGACGGUGAGGGGCGACUGCAUCUCAACUCUGAUGUCCUGACGGCGGCGGCCACACGGGGAGGGGCCCGGCCCCUGGUGGAGCCCCUCAGCCUCACCUUCCACAACGACAAGACCAUGAAGCCGCGGGUGGAGGUGGUGUGUGUGGCUCUGAAUCACACGAGGGCUGGCAGUCACUGGUCACGCCAAGGGUGCAGGCUGAUGAAGACCAACAGCACCCACACCGUGUGCCAGUGCUCACGGCUGACCAGCUUUGCCGUGCUGAUGGCCCUGUACGAGACGCAGGACCCCUGGCAUCUGCGCAACCUCAGCCUGAUCUCCUACAUUGGGAUCAGCAUCUCCCUGGUGUGUCUCUUCAUUUCGUUCGUCACCUUCUUGGCUUGUCAGGCAAUCCAAGGCACACGGACCACCAUCCAUGCCCACCUGUGUCUCUGCCUCUUCCUCGCUGAGCUCUUGUUCCUUGUUGGCAUCUCACAGACCAGCAACAAGGUGCUGUGUGCGGUGGUGGCUGGAUUCCUGCAUUACUUCUUCCUGACUGUCUUUGCCUGGAUGUCUCUGGAGGGAGCCCAGCUCUACCUGAUGGUGGUGAAGGUUUUCAACGCCGGCUGCCUGAGGAAACGCCACAUGUUGCCCGUCGGCUACGGGCUCCCGCUGCUAAUUGUCGGCAUCUCCGCCGCGGUGUACCGGGAGGGCUACGGCACCCCCAAACACUGCUGGUUGUCCUUGGACAGGCAUUUCCUGUGGAGCUUCCUGGGCCCCGUGUGCACGAUAAUACUGAUCAACAUUGUGUUCUACUGCAUCACGCUGGUUAAGCUGGCAAAGAGGAUGUCCACUCUGAAGAAGGAUAAGACCCCACUGAAGAAGAUCAGAUCCUUCACACUGGCGGCAAUAGCUCAACUGUUCCUGCUGGGAUGUACAUGGAUAUUUGGGAUUUUCCAUUUCCGGGAAGAAACCAUUGCCAUGGCUUAUAUAUUCACCGUGAUCAACAGCUUCCAGGGAAUGUUCAUCUUUAUCCUCCACUGCCUCCUUAAUAAACAGGUACGGGAGGAAUAUUGGAAAUUUUUCACCGGAAUCCUCGGCUUAAAGGGCCCGCACUACUCUGAGUUUCCUGUCAGCUCCUCUGUACCUUUGUGCAGCUUACAGCAGAGGCACCCCUCCAUCAAGCAGAAGACCAGCAGCAGCUUUGCCUUGGAUUAGUGUACAUCUUCUGACAGCGCUGGAGGGGAUGGACUUGAAGCACUUUAUUACGAUGAGUUUACCUUGUGGACUUCGAAUGUGAAUCCCACUGUGGAUACCACACCGUGACGAACUGUGGCCGGAAACCUUCAGGGAUUUAGUUUCUUCCACCAUUCCUGUUGGGCCGGGAAGGUUCAGUUUAGUUUAGUUUCGAGAUGAAGUGCAGAAACAGGCCCUUCGGCCCAUCGAGUCCGUACCAACCAACGACCCCUGUACACAAACACUGUCCUACACACACCAGGAGCAAUGCACAAUUACACCAAGCCAAUUAACCUACAAACCUGCACGUCUUUGGAGUGUGGGUGGAAACCGGAACACCCGGAGAAAACCCACGCAGGUCACGGGGAGAAGAUACACACAGCACCCGUGGUCAGGAUUGAACCCUGGUCUCUGCCGCUGCGACUCUACCACUGCCCCACCGUGCUACUGGUCCAUUGCUGAAUUUGGGAGGAACACCAGGAGCUGGAUGCUGAGAAGAAGAUGCACGCGCAAGGUGCCGGUUCAAAGCCGGAGGUCUAUCCUAGGACACAAAGCUGGAGUAACUCAGCGGGUCAGGCAGCAUCUCCGGAGCAGAGAAGUCUCGGGUCGAGACCCUUCUUCAGAUCUUCAGCUCCAUCCUGAAAGACCUCCCACUGCUGUUGCUCCAUCCAGGUCACUGAACAAUGGUGGCGGCAAGGCGGUAGAGUUGCUGCCUCACAGCGCCCGAGACCCGGGUCCCAUCCUGACCACGGUUGCUGUCUGUACGUUCUCCCCGUGACUGUGUGUGUGUGUGUUUACCGCUGGCAUCUCCGCUUGAAACUGUAAAUUGUCCCUAGUGUGUGUAGGAUAGUGUCAGUGUGCGGGGAUCGCUGGUCGGCACGGACUCGGGGGGCCGAAGGGCCUGUUUCCGCGCUGUAUCUCUAAAGUGCAAGUGUGCGAUGUUGUGCAGUGAUGGUUCAGCACCCAGCGAAUGGCUGAUGGAUUUACCGAGACGUGGCAACACCUAACGGCUUCCGCCCAGCGAGCUGGGUGUGGUGGAAUGCUGUUAUGUGUUCCCCUCAUCUGUCUCUGCUCAUC